GUGAAUCCUCACCACCAUCAAUUCUAGCAGUUGAAGCAAGACAGCAAUUUGACUUUCAAUUUGAAAACGCCCGUCCCUUCUUCCCUAAAAUCCACGAACUUCCAUCCCACACUUAACCCUGCUGCGAUGUUUGAAGAUGGAACCAGCCGGACCCCCGCCGACAGCAAACCCAGCGCUGGGCCGCGCCGCCGGGGAAGGCCGAGGGGCCCCGGCCGCCAUUUGCUCCCCGCGGAGGCGGAGGAGGAGGCGGGCGUUCCCCGCCGCCCCCCAGCCUUCCCCGGCCGGACCCGCGGCCCUUCGCGUGAGGAGAACCGGCCGCCCCGCUGCGGGAGGCGGCUGCGGGAGGCGCAGGAAAUGUGCUUCAGGACUUGUGGUACAGAUUUUGAAGGUCACUGAGACACUUCUGCAAAUUAGUUAUGCCCAGUUCCAGUUAGUGUCAUGUAUGUGAGAGCGUUAAAAUGGAUUUUUUUGUUUCUCCUCGUAUUUUCUGUUGUAACAAUAUGGUACCUAACUUUUUCUUCCACCUCCGUGAUCGAGCGUACAAACGUGAUGUAUUUCUAUGAAUACGAACCGAUUUACAAGCAACACUACCUCUUCACACUGCGGGAGCACUUGAAAUGCAAAGACGUGAACCCCUUUCUAGUCAUUUUGGUGUCUUCAACUCCGAAGGAUGUGGAGUCGAGGCAGGCCAUCAGGAUAACUUGGGGAUCUCAAAACUUCUGGUGGGGACAUCGAAUUCUAACCCUGUUCUUACUGGGUCAGGACACUCAGAGGGACGACAAUGCUGCAGCACUGUCAGUAGAAGAUGAAAGCAUCCUCUACGGUGACAUAAUUCGCCAAGAUUUUAUGGACACUUAUGACAAUCUCACCUUGAAAACGAUCAUGGCGUUUAGGUGGGUCACUGAGUUCUGCUCAAACACCAGAUUCCUCAUGAAGACUGAUGCUGAUGUCUUCAUCAACACCGCUAACUUGGUAAAAUUUCUUCUGACCCUGAAUUCCUCAGAAAAUCUUUUCACUGGUUAUCCCCUUAUAGAUAACCUUGCCUACAGGGGCUUUUACAAGAAAACAUACAUCUCCUACGAUGAGUAUCCAUUCAGGUUGUAUCCUCCCUACUGCAGUGGGAUGGGUUAUAUAUUGGAUGGAAAACUGGCUCUCAGGAUUUAUGAACUGAUGGGUCAUAUCAAACCUAUUAAAUUUGAGGAUGUUUAUGUUGGGAUUUGCUUAAAUAUACUUAAGGUAAACAUCACCAUUCCAGAAGAUAAGCAAUUCUUUCUUUAUAAAAUUAAUUUUGAUAUCUGUAAGUAUAGACAGUUGAUCGCAGUGCAUGGCAUUACAUCAAGUGAAAUAAUCAGGUUUUGGCAGGAUUUGUCAUCAAGCACUUCAGUUACUUGCCUUUGAUUCUGUAUUAGUAUAUAAACUUAAAUGUAUUUAAAGUCCAGGGCAACACAAAAUAAAACCACAGCCAUAGAGAUGACUUUGACUGAAGGAGGGCUGUGCUGCCGGGACAAACCUUCAACAGCAGCAUUUCUCUGGGACAUGCUAAUAUUCUCAAAUAAAAAUACUAGGAAUUCACAAAGCACUUUUCCAUGUACGUAUCCUAUGCAUGCAGGAUACUUUGAAAUACACUGUCCUGUGUUCCUCUGACACUUCUCCACAUGGUCUCCUGUAACUACGGGAUUUCUGCCUGAAUCUGCUGGCAUGCAGGAAAUGUCACCAAGGAAUAACGUUUAUGCCAAGAAGCUAGCUUUCAAGAUGCUUCCAGAAUUCCUACCCGGAUUUUUUUAAAAAUUGUUUUUGCAACUGCAUCAUUCUUUGCUACUCUCAAGUAUUUGUUCUCUGCCCAGCGUGAAACUUAGAAUGACUUUCUUCUUCCAAUCUAUCACCUCUGUAAUCCUCCCAGGAGUGUCACACCGUUUUACUUAAACAUUCUGCCUCCGUAAUCGUCUGAGAGUGACAAGCCUGUGGAUCUUGUGGGGUCUGCAGAAGCCGAUGGGAAAUUCUGAAAACGGGAUGUGCUCUGUGUGUGUCUCUAGGUGUAUCUAUACAUGUAUAAAAGAGAAUCGCUUUGGUGUCUUUGAUAAUUGUUCGCAGACUACUAGGGGGGCGAGUUGCAAGAGAGCUCAUGUGCGGUUUAGUUACUAGACAUCUCUAAUUCCUCAGGAUAACCAAACCCCCCAAACAUACACACAUACGUGUGCGUGCUGAUGCGUCCCGAGAGUUUGGGAACCACACAGGGAAGAUUAAAACAGGUGCAUUUACAUUGUGACAUUAUAUCUGUUUCUAAAAUAGUUUUCUUCCUUCAAAUCUUAAAAUGAACAUAAAUUCUAAGAUUGAUGUUUCUGAAAGAAGACAUACUCUACUGUAUCUGUAAAGAUGGGUAUUUUAAUCACUUUAUUCAUAUCAGCAAGGCCAUGUUUUCAGUAGUUUACACUUCUAAUAGACAACAAUACAGAAUUUGCAAUUGCAUGAACAUAAUUAUUCUUGACACAUCCACUACACAGUGAAGAUACUAUAGUUACAUCCUGUACAUCUAGAAUGACAGAGCACUGCCACCUUAUUUGUACUACUGCUAAGAUGUUCUGAUGUAUUUACAUUUGGCUGUCUUUCAGGUAGUCUCUUAGAGACAAAUUAGAAGAGGUGCAGAAACCUCUAGUACCAACUUUGAGGUUUCACCACAUUUUUUGUUACAUUGUGAUUAUGGUCCGUAUUGAAUUUUGCUAUCUUUUUCAACAGCUGCACAGGGUAUCUUGAUGGAAUUAUAGGACGUGUUAUUUUUUUAGAUAUAAAAAUUAAGUCUUGGGGAGAAUACUCUCUAGGCAAGUAUUUCAGGUGUCAGUAUUCUAAGAAUGUUCUGUGUUAAGAAGGUGAGAGUUUUUCAAAAAUAGAUUUUUUUUUGUUAAAUAGCUAAAGAUACAGUAUUGCAUAACUGAGGGAAGAAUGCUAUUGUAUUUUGAGAAACAGAGAUAAAACGACAGCUGUUCCUAUGGUGUUAGGAUCUGUUAUUUGAUUGUUGUACUGUGGUCAGAUCCUGAGAGCUCUGUGAGAAAUGUUUGACUUGUCCUUUGAUUGUUUAUACAGCUUAAAAAAAAAAAAAAAAACCAAAAACCCUCAGUUUUUUUUUUAUAAGCCUGCCAUGUUAAAUGUUUAGAAAUAAAUUAUUUGUCACAAGAACACUGAUACUACAGCACAGUUUGUAUUGCUUUUUCAAAAAAAAAAAAAAGUAAUUAUGAAACACUACGCAGUCUUCAGAAACUGGAUAGAUAAAGCAGACAGUGCUCCUGUUGAGAGAAUUAGAAACGAGUAUCACAGAGAAAUGGUUGUGCAGGACCUCAAUAAAAAAGCAACUGUCACCAAGCAAGGUAUUUUUUAUAUUUGUGCCCCAGAAUGAUAACACUGAUCAUAGAUUACAAGGCUUUUGCUUUCACAAAUGUAGGUUUAUACACAGUGAUCUGUUUAUGCCACCUGAAAUUGUAAUCUGAAGUGACAUCAAUUCUGCAAGAAAUUUACAUUGUGAAAUAUUCCUGCUCCUGCUUUUUAAAAAAACCUCAUUUCCAAAUCUG